AUUGCAAUUCACAACGAAUACCUUGAAGAUUGACCUACUGACCUGCAUCAUGUCGCCACUCUGGGUUUUUGUACUGCUGCCAGCCUUGAGCUUGGGGGUUGCUUUCAGUGACGUCUUGAACCUGCACGCCAAGCUGGACGUCAACAAAGACAGUGACCUGUCCAAGGAGGAACUUCGGUCGGCUGUGAGGGUGUAUGAUUACAACAAAGACAACGCUAUGUCCAUGAACGAGUUUUUUGACUUUGUGUUCGCGAACAUCGACACCUCGAUCAAGGAGACGGAGAACUGGGGCAAGUACAUCGACGUCAACAAGGAUGGGAUCGUCACCAUGUUGGAGUUUGACGCGGUAUUCCAGGCUAUAGACGGCAACAAGAAUGGGAAGCUGGAGAAGAUGGAGUUUCUGGGAUACCUCAUAAAAAUGAUACCAGUGCUCAUGUUUGGCUAGUGAGGACGUUGUUGAGGCUGAUGUAGUUUGGCAAGUGAGGACAUGUUGAAGCUGAUGUAGUUUGGCUAGUGAGUACGUUGUUGAGGCUAAUGUA